AUGAGAUAUCUGUACCUUAUAGUACUUGUCAAGCUGUCAAAUGCAUUGUCUGAGCGACAAGAGAUUGGUAUUACAACGACCAUUGCUGGAGAAACCUGCAAGAAGACAACGGCAAUCUCUAUUAUGAACGUGACAAGCACCAUGGCUGUGGCGAGUUCAAAAGCUAUCCUUUUUCCAACCAGCCCGUCUAUCCGCAUGCCAAGACCCUUGUGGGAUAACAGAACCAAUAUGACUCGGAAUCUCUCCGCGCCCAAUGAUCCAACCGUCUCUUUCUCUGCCACAUCCAACUGGAAAGACAACCUAAUGGGGGUGUUCAUGUACAAGCUUCUGCUCAUCAUGAUCGUUUCCUUUUUCCCGAUAUUAUUGGCACUGUGA